UCUUCACAUUUCCUUUUCGACAUUUGUAUUGCCAACAUCAUUUUUUAAAAGUUCAAAAUUUUUAGUUCAAAAAUUCCGCUGAGAGACAAUCGUGAUUUAAGUUCUAGGGACUAUCCAUCGAAAGUGCUACAAAACUGAACCAUGACGGACGAUUUUAAUUCUAUGAGCGCAGGCAAUGUUGUCUUCUUCACCGUGGUAGUAUUCACAAUGUGUGUACUUUUCGCAGUGCCACAAUGGAUGAUGUUAUGCCUAUUUGCGGAUAACCAUUUGUGGUACACGUUGGCCUGCAUACUCAUUGGAUUCUUAUUACUCACCUGCAUCCACCUCGUCGAAUUUCUGAAGUACAAAAGGCCCUACAACUACAUAGCGAUCUUCAUCUGCUAUGAGUUCUUAACUCUCGGCACGGGCAGCUUCCUAAUGGAAUGGGAUUUGAUCUCGACGAUUAUCGUCAUUGUUUUGGCUCUCUUAUACCAGAUAGCGGUGCUAUUCUUCUGUUUCCUGCUCAUCUAUUGCAAAUACACGGGGAAUCCCUUCAAGCUGGCUGUUGUGGGCGGCAUGGGAUUCGUUUUGGCCUACAUUAUUAACAUGGUGGACAUUCUCAAGCUAUUUUACUAUUGGUACGAUUUGGCUGUUAUCGUCUUUUUGGUCAGCGUUACUAUAAUGAUGAUCGCCCACGUGCUGAUCACCCACAUGAACUUCGAAUCUCUGGUCAAGGACGACAUUCUGCUGGUCGCCAUCGUUAUGUACAUAACCUAUUUGCUGUUGGUGAUCGGCGCCCGAGUGUCCGCCUAUUGCCUGAUUGAAAACAUCGCGUUUCACAGGGAUCACAACAGUGGUGGGGCCGAGGAGGCAAACAAAUCUAUUAUGAUAAAGACGACAUAACAUGUUUUUUAUUGACUUUGAUUGACAAUUAUUAAAUGAAAUAGGGCUCACAGGUUGAGCUUGUGUUGUCACUGUCAAA